AUGUCCGAUGCAGUAACUGGAGACGGCGUCGAGGGCGUCAACGGUGCCAACGGUGCCAACGGUGUCAACGUCGCCGACACGGCGCCUCCUCAGCCCGGACCCGGUCCCCUCCCCACUCGCUUUGAAGUGGAACUAGAGUUCGUCCAGUCGCUCGCAAACGUGCCCUACGUCACGUACUUGCUCACCACGCAGCAACACCUGUGGAAGAGCCAGCAGUUCCAACACUACCUCAAGUACCUGGAGUACUGGUGCUCCCCACCGUACUCCCAGUGCAUAGUCUACCCGAACGGACUGUUCGUGCUCAAACUGAUCAACGGGUUCCUGGAGACACACGCCUCAGUCAACGACGACGGUCUGCUAGACGGCGUCGACGAACUGCCCAGGUACUUGCAACUCCACGGCGGUGAACUCAUGAACGAGAUGGUCCAACGCUGGGAAUCAGCCUAG